AGGCUUCGGGGCUUCAUUCACCAUUUUGCGACUGUAGUGUAGAAUGCACAGAGCAGUAGUUUUCCACCUUUUAAGUUGCUUUGCCGGAGAAACAUGAACGGUCGCUAAUUGGCAACUGCGCACGACCGGCCCCACUGCCCUAUUUUAUCCCGCGGAGUCAUCACACCACCAGUCUGAACCCGCUCCGAGUCUUCAGAAUAAAGGUGGACAAGUGCUGGAGUUGCAGACGAGACAGGAUGAGCGAGAGAGACACAGACAGAGGAGGAAAAUAGAAAAGCAAGCAACAAGGCAAAGCAAUAGAAGAUCUCGGGGAUAAAUACGAAACCAAUUGUUGAAGAUGAAGCCACUAAAAAAGCAAGGAAGGCGCUCUCCUCCCUCGACUCGAGCUAAAGGGGGGAAGAGGCGCGGCGCGGGGGACGUUUCAGAUGGAGGUGAGAAAAGAGAUUCAGAUGAAAACAGAGAAAGAUCCCCACAAAAUCGAACUUCGGAUUCCUCGCAAGAGCCAAUCAGAGUGCGGGACAAUUCGGAGGGGGAGGGGCUCUACAGAGAGGGCUUGUCCGAUGUCGAUUCAGGGAAAAUGUUGACCUCUUCGGACGAAAUUUCGGGUCGUUUGAUGGUGAGUGGUGGAAGCCAUAGCGACAGUGGUGGUAGUAGUUGUAGUAACAGUAGUACACCAAGCGCAAACAACAGUCCGAAUCACGCCUCAAGUCGGAAAACAGCAACUUUCAAGGCUCGCGUCCCGAAAAAGAAGUACACCUCGGAACACUGCUCUUCGUCUGGAAACAGCAACCCCGCACCCAAUACCCCACCCCCUCCUCAGAAUCAGGGCAUGACGAGCCAGGUGCCCUCAAAUCAAGAGAGUGAAGUCCCACAAUCUCAAAGCAGAAGGUUAAUAGAUGAUUUCCACAAUAGAAGGCUAUGCAGAGACGGCUCGCCAGGCCCACCUACGUUAACGCUAGCAUCAGAGCGGGAACGACCAGGAGGAGUGGAGGACAGAGUUUCACCAAGUCCGCUGCCUAGGUGUUCCUCAACUGACACAGCGAGUGAGCAUUCAGCCGAUAUAGAGGUAGUCAAUGAAACUCAUGUCCCAAUGGGGCUACCUGACCUGCUUUCGGAUGCCCUUGCAAAAGGUUUGAAGAACCAACGCAUCCUGGCCAGACUACCGAGGAGGAGAGGUGAAGAGGGCAGAGGGCAAGAUGACGCUGAGAGUUCUGGGUUGGUGUUUCGAGCCGGAAUUGUCAGAAAAGUCAAUGGAGAGUAUGGAAAUCUAGAGGUACAACUCAAUGGCGAAAAGACUCUGCUAAGGUAUCCAUACAGGCGGGAUAGUACUUCUGCUCCUGUGGACAUAAUUCUUGAUGCAGCACCACCUGGAGUCCACCCCAUUCCAAUAGGCACUCGAGUUUGCGUCCCAUAUGGGAAUAAGGAGGGAAGCGAGGGGCAAUGGUACAGAGAAGGUGUGUUGAACCAAGUUGAUACUCACCCCGCAGUGUCUCAUCGAUACAGAGUUGUUCUAACAGAUGAAAGGCACCAUCCCCUAGAUCAGGAAGACGUCACCAGCACCAAACAGGCUGUUUGGGUGCCCCGACAAACACUCCGCCUCCUGGUGCCACCCUGGGACUUGGAUUUACCUUCUGGAGGAGCUGGGCGAGAGUCCGAAGAAAGGGUCAGGGAAAAGGAGAGGGAGGAAAGAGAGGAUUUGGAUGUUGAAGUUUGUGGAAUGACGUCCAGAAUGGGGUCAGUUUUGGGAAGAGGGAUGCCAUUUCCGGGGAUGGUACCAGUCUCUUCCACGGCAGGUCAUAGCAUCACCUCUCCAGUUACACCUGCCUCUGUCUUAAGUCUUGUUCCGGGUCGCGAAUGGGAUAUAGAGAAGGGAAGGGAGCUUCAGAGAAAACAAGAUCGGGAAAGAGAGAACAACUCCAAACCGCCACAGCUACCCUACAUGCCGCUGACUCCCGAAGAAGACAUGGAAGUAUCCAUUUUCAACAUGGUCCCAAUGGGGCCACUCAUACCUGGGGCCAAACCUAUGACACUUGCCCAACCGCAUCCUCGCCACAUCCUCUCAAAGCCCCCACCACCAACAGGCUACCUCAACCCAUUGUCAGUGGUGCGGGGAAUUGGGGUCCCACCAACGCACAUUGCCCUAAACCCGCACCCUCCCCCCUCCCCCGUUGUUCUUGGUCUAGACCCAAAUGCAGCAGUCAUCACCACCCCCCAGCUUCCCCCUCUCCCCCCAAUCUCCUCUUCCACGGUGCAGGUGUCCCGAAUGGAUAAAGUCUCAGGAUCUUCAGCAGGGGGAUCGGGUUCAGGCUCAACCUCCUCAUCUUCUUCUCGAUCUCGGACUCCGCUCACAGCUGCACAGCAGAAGUACAAAAAAGGGGAUGUAGUCUGCACCCCAACAGGAAUUCGGAAAAAGUUCAAUGGAAAGCAGUGGAGGAGACUGUGCUCUAGAGAAGGCUGCUCCAAAGAGUCGCAGCGCCGUGGUUAUUGCUCUAGACAUCUUUCAAUGAGGACCAAGGAAAUGGAAGCUAGUGGAGGUGGUCGGGACAGAGGUGGAGCAAGUAGCACGGGGACACUUACUCCAUCUGAUCUUCGGCUAGGUGGAGGUAGAGCCAGUUCAGAGUUCGAUUGGGAUGAGACUUCUCGAGAGAGCAGUGAAACUAGCAGUCGUGGGGCCGAUUCUCGUCCUCGCCUGGUCCUACCAUCACUGUUGCCCCAAGAUCUGUCCCGAUUCGACUUUGAUGAGUGUGAAGCUGCAACCAUGCUUGUGUCUCUUGGAGGUUCGCGCUCUGGAACGCCAUCUUACUCCCCCAUAUCCAAUCAGUCACCCUUCUCGCCCACCCCUUCUCCUUCCCCCUCUCCACUUUUUGGAUUUCGACCAACUAGCUUUAGCCCGAUCACAGCUCCUGCUUCACUAACCCCUCGCCGCCAUCGUCAUUUAAGCGGGACAAAAAUCAGUACCCCAGGAGCUGAGCGUGAACGCCACUUGUCCGGGAUAGUCCCAACUUUUCAAUCCAAUCUUACAUUCACAGUCCCAAUGAGCCCUAGCAAACGCAAAAUGGACUCGCACCCUAUCCCUCCUCUACCAGCGAUUCAGGAUUACCAAAAUAAAUCUGAUCAGCAGUUGAUGGGAGUUGGUGGGACUGGGGUGGGUGAUCCAACUUUGAGCCCAGCUUUUAGAGUCCUGUCCCCCCAAAGUCAGCCAACAACCCCCUCUUCGCUAUCCUUUUCCAGGCCUCGAAGUGCUACCAGCAGACCACCAUCCUCCGCAGCCUCUACCCCUCCACCCAUGCUAGUGUCCCCCACGCCCCCCUCUCCUCUGCCCCAGGAGCCCUCCCCACGUCGCAUUGUACCCCUCAGAGACUCCCCAGUCAUUGUGCGCAACCCGGACGUCCCAUUGGCAAAAUUCUCUGAUGGACCGUUGGGGAGAAGAGAAAGGAGCAGAUCCAGAGAGCACAGCCAGCCCCCGCACACCGGACCCCCAGGACUGCAGGCCCCUGUACCCAUCAAUGGAGCAGCUCCGAAUGGGACAGUCCUGCUGAGAAACACGUCUACGCUGGUCCUCGUCACUUCAAGCUCAUCCUUGACUCCAACCACAGGAGGUUCCACUGCCUUGUCCAGCGUGGGCACCACCUCAUCGGGCUCUGUGCUCUGUUCCUCUGGGUCGGGGGGCAGAGAAAGGGAGAGGAAACCCGAGGGAGGGCAUCAGGACUCCUCUGGGUCCCUGCCGCAGCCUGUGGCCUGUCACCCCACUCCCACUGCGCUGCUCCCCCUCAUACUGCCAGCCGAGUCCCCUCACCCUGCCCCACGCAAGCAGAUCAUCAUGGGACGACCCGGCACUGUUUGGACUAAUGUAGAGCCUCGAUCCGUGCCUGUGUUUCCAUGGCACUCACUCGUCCCCUUCCUGGAGCCAAGCCAAUCAGGAACCUCAGCCCCACCCACUGACGGACAGCCCAUUGUCAAUCAAAGCAAAGAGCCUCGUUGUGGAGUGGCAUUGAUGAGUGAUGGACGCAGUGGCCCUUCAGACUCAGACCGUGGAUCUCCUUCCUGUGCUCCAUCAACCAAUGAGAAUCCUCCUCCUGCAGAAAGGGCUGGGGCCGACAGCGAGACAGAGAGUGACACUGACGACCCGUUUUCGCCAGGGGUGACCAACGACCCAUCACCCUCUGCUGGGACCGUGAAGAGGCGCACUCAGUCCCUCAGCGCUCUGCCCAAUCAAGGAGACAGGAAGAGAGAGAAGGACCACAUCCGGCGUCCGAUGAAUGCGUUCAUGAUCUUCAGUAAACGUCAUCGUGCCCUGGUGCAUCAGAGGCACCCAAACCAGGACAACCGCACUGUCAGCAAGAUCCUGGGGGAGUGGUGGUACGCACUGGGGCCCAACGAGAAGCAGCAGUACCACGACCUCGCCUUCCAGGUGAAGGAGGCCCAUUUCAGAGCCCACCCUGACUGGAAGUGGUGCAACAAAGACCGGAGGAAGUCCCUAUCCGAAGGCCGCGGGACCCCCAAAGAGGCGCGAGAGAGGAGCAUGUCCGAAAGCAUAGACCCGCAGUCCCCAGGGGUGGAGGGAAAGCCCUGGUUGGGGGGUACAGAGCGUCGAGCUGCCUCUGGGGGGCAGCACCCUCGUCCCAGGGCCUUUUCUCAAAGCGCUGUGCACACGCUGGAGCAGAGAGAGAAAGACAUGGACAAGGAGGACGGUCCAGGUUUGUUCCCUAGUCGCCCUCCUCCUCUUUUGGGACGUUUUGGCGGUGUCAGUGAGGAUGUGACCAGCGAUGAGGAGAGGAUGGUGAUCUGUGAGGAAGAGGGGGACGAUGAUGUCAUGGAGGAUUCUUGUCCUGAAGGCUCCAUUGACCUCAAGUGUAAAGAGAGAGUGACAGACAGUGAGGACGAACCAGACGGACAGCACCACGAUUUCCAGCCAGUGUCUCGCUCCUCUCUGCCCUCCUCCUCUCCCUCCAUCUCCCACCCAGACUCCAGUUCAGGACAGGGCUCCACAGGACAAGGGGAGGAGGGCUCUGACAAAAUCAGGAGCAGAGGCACAGAUGGGGGACAGGACGCAGGCGAAAGGGGACCCAAAUCUGAGCAUACAACUCUAGCUUCAGGAGAUGGGACGGAGCAAGUGGUAGGGUCUCAGGCUCUGUCCACUUUUUGCCCUCAGGUUUUGGGCAUGAAAACGGCUCCCACCAUGGUGACCAGUGUGGUACGUCCCAUUGCCAGCACGCCUGUCCCCAUCGCCAGCAAACCAGCAGAUUCCACUGUGAGGGGCAAGAUGGAUAGCAAGGACAAGAAACUCACUCUCCUGGUUGGAGGAGGUGGAUCUCAUCAGCCAGUCACAGCAGGGGGUGGGUACCUGUCCUCCUCCUCCCCCAUCCAUGUAAACUCCAUCAAUGGUAGUGCAUUGGUCACUAGCCUAGUUUUUGGAGGGUCCCAGCUCCUCGCCCCUCCACACCCACACAGCAUCCCCCUGCCUGUCCUGCCCAAGCCACUGGUGCAGUACUUCCUGCCCAGCGAAAGCCCCGCCUCCCCUCAGGUCCUUUCACCGCCCACCACUGCCAGCAUGGCCAAUGGCGUGCACUCAGGGGUGGGACUAAGAGUGGCUUCGGUCAGCCCCGGUACCAGAGUCCAAACCCAAUCGCCGGUUCUGCAGACGAAGAUGGUGGUUCCCAUGGCUACAGUGCAAACAGGAAAUACUCCUCCUCAUCCUCCAUCCAUCUCCCUUGUGGCCCCGCCCCUUCCUAUGCAGAAUGGCUCCCAGACAGGAAAUAAGAUCAUCCAGAUCGCCCCCAUGCCUGUGGUCCAGUCUCACCCGAACGGAGGAGCGGCCGCUGCAGUGCAUUCUGGGAGCCCCUUCCCUGUUUCCGUGGCAACAGUGAUGGCCCCGGGUGCUACUCCUCCGCAGACUGUGCUCCUGACCCCGCCUCCCACCAGGAUCCCCUUUGUCCAGCCCAGUGCAGGGGGUCCUACAGCAGCGACCCACCAGACCCUCUCCUCUCCGGGACAGACUUUCCUCCCUCAGCCUAUGGCCACUCUGGGCUUCACUGCCUUCGCACCUGCCCCUGGUCAGACCCUGGUCCAGUCUCCUCUGCUGACCCCCGCCUCCCCUCUCAGCUGCCAGACACAGGCCCCAACCAGACAGGCCACUGCUAAUACGGGGCGUCCGGUCCUAACUGCCAUUUACCCUGCACAAACAAUCGCCCUGGCAACUGGAGUGGUCCCCGUGACGACUGUCCCAUCCAAUAUAGCAGCUCUGGACCCGGUCAGACCUUGCUCGCCUCUGGGCUCCGGGGUUCCUGGCUCCGCAGUGACUCCACACAUGAAUGUGACAGUGAAGGUGGAGCAGAUGGAGGUGAAGACGGAGGCGGAGGAGGGUGGAGCACAGGGGACAUCCCGCUGUGGAAAUAACCCCACGCCAGAGACCUGUGUCACUACUGCAGGAAACAGUGAUGGAGAGAUGAUUCAAAACAUAAAGGAAGAAAAUAUGAACGAUGGACAGAGCUGGGAUAAGCCAAAUGAGACGGAGAGAGAACGAGCAGCGAAAGACAGUAGUGACAAGAAGAAAGAGAGAGAGGAGUAUGCCAUCGGAAACAGAGAGGCGGGACAUUGUUCCCCUCCUGCCUCCUCCUCCUCAGGUCUGGACCCUCCUCCUCCCCCCACAGAACCAGGUCCCUCCAAAAAGACCAAGUUCAGACCUCCUCCACUCAAGAAGACACCAGACUCGGUCUUAUCUGGAGCUUACUUUGAGGAGCGUUUUGCUGAGCUGCCUGAGUUUAAACCUGAGGAGGUGCUGCCCUCUCCCACCUUGCAGAGCUUGGCCACCUCUCCCAGAGCCAUCCUGGGCAGCUACCGCAAGAAGCGACGCAACUCCACUGAUCUCGAUGCAAACCCAGAAGACCCGAGCUCUCCACGGAGGAAGACCCGACGAUUGUCCAGCUGUAGCUCGGAGCCCAACACGCCGAAAAGUGCAGCCAAGUGUGAGGGAGACAUCUUCACCUUCGAGAGAGCCGGAGCAGAAGGUGAGGAUCUUCUUGGAGACUUGGACCGUGUUCCGUACUCGUCUCUGAGGAGGACUCUAGACCAGCGCCGCGCCCUUGUCAUGCAACUCUUUCAAGAACAUGGCUUCUUUCCGUCAGCUCAGGCGACCGCUGCGUUCCAGGCUCGUUUCUCGGACACGUUUCCCACUAAAGUUUGUCUGCAGCUGAAGAUCCGCGAGGUGCGCCAGAAGAUCAUGCAAACGGCCACACCCACCGAGCCUGGAGGGUCUGUCGAACCAAGCCCCGCCCCACCCCACUGCCUCUCCUUCAAUCAGUCCCACCGGGAGGACACAGGACCGGGGGAGCAGGGGGACCGGAGUGCGGAGGACGAACCCAAAAACGAAGGAUCAUAAGCCAGAGAGGAUGACAACAUACAUAGAUAUAUAUCGAGCAAGUGCAAGGCGUUAUCCUCUCCAAAGAAAGUUGUGUGUUCAUCCACUAUUCACCAAGACCUGGGCAUAGAAAUAUACACUCUGAAAUCUCAAGUACUGCUCGAAUAUGCCCUUGAUUUGUCGCGUCAAACAAAGAAGCCUCAAAAGUGGAACGUUACAGUCAAAGUGGAGGAUAAUGACACAUCAAGAGUGCAUCUCACAGUCUCUUUUAUUUUCAAUUAUCCAGAUUCAUUUCUGUACUUAUAUAUGGUGGCCCAGGUCUGCUGUCAGCACAUUUGUACAGUAGGUUUGUCAUUGGACACAAACUCGGUGGUACACUCUUAAUAUCUGGUGCAUAUAUGUAUUCUACAGCAGCAUGAUCCCACACACAACAAUGCACUUACACCAAAAUCAGACUUAACCAGACUGUUACUAUUGGUCAGCAGUGUCCCGGAGGCUGCCAACCAAGCACCACCACAAAAACACAGGCACUUUGUCACUUAUAACGUGCAGAUGCAGUUUGCUGUUUUGCCAGCUAGCCCUCAGAUGCCAUUGACUUUCAGAAACCUCUUAGAACCCCUCUCCGAUGCCCACUCCUCAGCAAAGUGGGUAGGUAGGGGGAGCUAAACACAACCCCAAUGACCUCCACUGAUUUCACAGCCCCUUCAAUGCUGCAAGACAGACAGCACACACCUCAAUGUACUCCCCCCUCCCCCCCCAAAAAAACAAAAAAACAAAAAACGCACCCAACCCUGGUCUGACCAAGCCAUCAACCUGCACAGAUUUAGUGAUUGUAGUGAGAAGAACUGAAAGCAUGAAAUCUCUUGCUCCUGAAAGAAAAUGGUUGGAGUUGGGAUUUAAUGUGACCAAUGUUUGCACCUUCUGAUAUUGCCAUUUUGAAAAGUGGGUGGAUUGGCGGGUGGUUAUAUAUUGAGUAUGUAUGUUUGUUUAUAUGAAUGUUGUGUGUGGAAAGGCUCUGCAAUGAGAUUAUGAGUCAAGAGAUUGCUGGUUUUGAGGCUUUGAAGAAUCAAUGUUUAGCUUGAAAUGGACUGGGAAGAGGAGCACAGAGAAGAGGCAAGAAGAGGAGGAACUGGAUGGACAAUUUUCCUAAAGAAUCAAUAAGCGUUUGUACAUCAGCUCAGCGGGAAAUCCACCUCUGAAUCUCAAAAAUGAAUAUACUCUUGCUUUCUUCUUGUAAUCGUCACCGUGGAAAUAACCAGUUUAAUUGUGGCCUGUUUCUCUCGUGGCUCUGUUGUGUUUUCUCUCCAGCAUAAAAUAUCACUUUGACAAACGGGACACAUCAGUCUGGACACCCACUGUUCUAAGGGCCUCGGGGGUCCCACUCGGGGGUCCCACUCGGGGGUCCCACUCGGGGGUCCCACUCGGGGGUCCCUCUCGCCCCUGUUCUCAGAUCCACAGCAGACACACAGUGCGGGCGCAGGGGUGUUUGUCAUUUUGUAUAACGUUGAAAUCAGGUGUUUGCACAAUUUGUGUGGUCUCUCUCAGGAGGGACCACCGCAAGUUAAAUCAGGAAAGUAUUGUUUUUAGAGAUUGUUUUAGUAGUAAUAAUAACCUUGUUCCAUAUGUUAUCAACACCCCUUUACCUAGAUCCCCCCACGCCCCCUUUGUCCUUUCCUCACCCUCAAGUGUUGUUAGGAAGUGCCCUUAAGCACUGGUCCCGGGUCAAGCGCUAUGUAGCUCAGGAUGGUUGUGAUAGCGUUAGUUCAGGGAAAGCCGAUCCUAGACCAGCCCUAGAGGGCAGUCUUUGUGCCCUCCCCUCUUUCCUCUAUUCUCGACACUUUAUCCUUUCCCAUCAAAUGGUGCAAUAGGACAUUUAUUUUAUUUUUAUGAAAAGGGGUGGGUUUAUUUGUUUUCGGGGCUCUGUGCCAUAGAUCCAUUGCAGUCAGUCAGUGAGAAGAAUGAGAUGUUCUUUAGCUAUGGUAUAAAAUAAAAAGAAUCACACCAUUAUUGUUGUUGUUGAAAAGAUAGAGCAUAUAUAACUUACUAAAGUCAAAGACAUCUUUUGAAUAGCACUUUUCAGCUCUUUGCUUUCUCAGUGAAGAGUGGGGUAGUUAUUAUUAUGGGUAUCUUUUGUUUCUCUGUAUACAGUUGGAUGUGUGACAAAAAUAUAUAUACUGGUAUUUCCAUAUUUGUGCAUUUAGGUCUGCAUUUGGGUGUGUGUAUGUUUUGGCACAUGCAAGUCAUUCUUUAUUGGAACAGUUCAGUUCUUUUAAAGUUGGGUUUUGUAUGAACCCUAUUUGUAUCAUAUCAACACGAUUCAGGGGCUGGCUACAUCAUAUAAAUGCUGUACUGCCCUCCAAAGACAUAAGACAGUAACUACAUGUACUAUAAUUAGUUUGUCGACCAGCACAAUAGCCAUAAAAAAACUUACAUUUUACUUAAUAGGCCACUCCAAGCUAGGGCCACCACGUGUAAUUUACAUUUGUAUUGUAUUUACAAUAUGUUUGAAGGUUCAUACAACUCAACUUAAAAAAACCCACUGUACUUAUUCUUUGAUCACACCAACAUUAUAACAAUAUAUGUUUCCAUUCAGCUAGAUCAUUCACUAUAGACAGUAUUUUUAUAGUCACCGCGACUAUUUCCUCGUUCCAUCGUUUUGACUGUUAUUGACGAUUCAGGAUGUUUGACUUCUAGAUUCAGGGUAAAAUCACCCUUCACUGACAGCGGUAACUUCUUUCACCUCUCAUUUCUCUGGGUUCAUACACAUUCACACACCCAGACAGACAGGGUGCACUCAAACAUGUGUAUGCGUGUACACUGUAUGAUUGUACUUAAAAGUAAACUGUCCUUAUUUUGGAGAAGGAAAAUUAGGAUGUGAGAGAUGAGUGUUAUCUCAUAAGCAGGCAUGUUGACCAUGUGCAAUAUUUCUAAACAACAAAAAACUAAAUAUUGAAAAUAUUAAAGUUCUAACACAAUUCCA